UUGAUGUUUUGGAGGCAACAAAACAGACAUGUCGGUCAGCUAACUCGUCUCCAUGGAUACAGUUUCAAUACUCUCUCUCUAUAUAUAUAUUAUAUUGUAUUAACAGUUGUGAUUUAAUGGAGAGCAAAGCGCCUUCUCUGCUGAAUGCGGUCCCUCCUUACGGACAUGUUAUAACCAGCGAGAAAUGGAGGAAUUCGUCCCUUAUUCAAAGCUUAAAGGGUGGAGGAGUGAACAUCCUGUUUGAGAAUGAGCUCGGUGUCGCAGAUUUCCACCUGCCCAACAAAAGCUGCAUCCUGUACGUGUCAGAGUGCGACAUCAUAGCAGGAAACAGCUACAAGAGGAAACUGGUCCGCUACAGAAACACCAGCAGCAGUUUCCAGGAGCUGGUGCUGGUGGAGAAGACGCGCCUCAGUGAGCAGAACUUCUCCGCCGUGCAGAAGUUUGUUGUGUUGGACCUGGGUUUGACUCUGCUGCCGGUCAGCGGGCAGACCGAGGCCUCGCAGCUCAUCAGUCAGAUCGUCCACGGGGAGGGUCGAGAGAACCCCUUCAGGAGGAGGAGUUCCUCUCGGCUGCUGGACCCAAAGGUCCUGGUUCUGGUGCAGCGAGUCCCCGGGGUCGGCGGGGUCAAAGCUCUGGCGCUGCUGCAGGAGUUCUCCAGCGUCCACCAGCUCUGCAACGCCGCCCCCCACGAGCUGGAGCCCAUCGUGGGUCAGGCUACAGCUCAGCAAAUCCACAGCUUCUUCCACAAAGCCACUGCUGCUGGAACCUGAGCUCUCAGAGUCUGGGGUCUGAUAGGUGUGUUGCUUAGUAAGGACAUAUUAAGUGUCUUUCCUUUGACGUGUGUCACAGUAGAGGCUUUCAUGUUCAAAAAGGUCUUAUUUCAUGUUAACCCCAAUAUAAUUCAACAUGAACCUCCUUUGUUGUAACAUCACACAAUAAAUAAUAUGAUACAACUGCUA